UAUAUUGGUACAAACUACAACAACUGGCACUUCACUGCGCUUUUCCUUGAAGCUUUGUGUAGCCAGGCGCAAAGGACCUAUCUCUCUUCUUGCACACAAGGUUCCUACACCGAUUCGUCCCUUUCUAACUGCCCACUGCUAAAUGAUUUUGUUUACUCCGUGAUCCCCUCUUCUGUCUACGAAAUAUCUGCCUCUUCCAAACAAGUUUUGCCGCCUCUAAAUCCUGCCGACAUUCCCCUUGGAGCCGCUUCGCUCUCUCUAAUAGCCUUAUAUGAGGCAAUGCAGACGCCUGACUACCUAGCUACUGCAUGGUGGUACCGGUUGGCAGGUCAGCCUGAAAAUGCUCACCUGUCUGACUCUAGUCUAAGUUUGCCUUAUCAGGCUUCCCCAAAGACACUCACCCCGGCUUUCAUUCCUUUUUCUGGUAUCAAAGCCCCACCAGGUGCUGCUGUCUGCCCUGCCUCGGGGCUAGGGUCUUUUGAUGGAACAACGGUGUUAAACGCUGCUACGACUGCAUCAACGACAGAAUCCCACUGUCUAGCUCAGGAUUACAUGAGCAUACUGAUGCCAGCCCAGUUUGGAAACCUGCCCAAAGCUCUUGAGCUAGCCGCCGACCUACUAGAAGUACCACUCCCUUCAAAUACUCCCACUGGUCACUCACAGCCACUAGUCCUGGCAGGUCCUCUGAGUGUCGGUUCCACACAACCAUCUGUUUCAGUAGCCACAUCACUAUCCAUCUCUGAUGAUAUUGGACCCUCGAUCCCGCGAAGUCCCUCUAUUGUCACUUCAAUAACAGAAGUGUCUGCAAGUCAAGCGUCUCUUCAACUCCUAGCAGAGUGCUUGAAUCGGUCCAAGCUGCAAGAAUAUUGUAUUCGGUGUGCAAUUUUAUCUCAUUAA